CGCAUACCUCACCUUGCGACUGCAUUACUGUUGCGGUGCACCUUGUCCACACCACCACCGACAUAUCAACAAUCAUGUCGUUUCUCAGAGUAGGAGGCUCCGCUUGCUUCCGUGCGGGCAGGAUCAUCGCCCCCGUCAAUGUGCGAUUUAUCUCCAAUGCCGUCCGUGAUCCCUCUGUCAAGACCAGCCCUUCGGAUGCACCGACUACUCCCAACAAGGGUAGCACCCUGAUCAGCCAGGAAAAGCCCUCCGAGGCAAUGGCUCGUCACCAGCCUGAUUAUGAGGCCACGAUUGACCACGGCACUUCGCAAUUCUCCCCUGUGCCCAAGCGUGCUAUGGAUGGCAGUGAACCCGGUGAAACUGUUCCUGCUGCUGUCCUUUCUGGUGCUCCCACCGACCUCCAGGCUCGCACUGUCAGAAUCUACCGCCCCUCCAAGCCCGCCUCUCAGUCCGGAACCUGGCACAGCCACCACUGGCGAAUGGAUUGGGAUAUUUUGCAAAAGGGACAUCGCUGGGAGAACCCACUCAUUGGUUACCAAUCCUCUGCCGAUUUCAUGCAGGGAACCAAUUUGACCUUCAAGUCGAAGGAGGAUGCCAUCGCUUUUGCCCAGAAGCAGGGAUACGAGUACUUCGUUCAGGAACCAAAUGAGCGCAAGAUCGUCCCCAAGGCUUACGCAAACAACUUUUCCCACGAACCGAAGAAGCUCAAGCACAUCAAGACCAAAUAAUCAAAAAACAAUUCCAUCUGUAUUAU